UCCAUUUCUAGUUUACAAUGAUUUAAGGGCUGGUUGAUAGUAUUUCUUUUGCUUUCAUUAUUAUCUUUAUUGACAAGGAUACCUAUGUUGAAAGGCACUAGCAUACUUAACGUAAAGAUUUUAGAUCCUCAGCCAAUCACUACCAUGAUCACUUGUGGUCCUGGACAAUGGAUCCUGAACUGUAUAAAAUAGAAAAAGCAAGCCAACUGCUCAUCUACCUGCAUUUAUCUCAUCUAUUUCCUGAUUGUGAAUGAGAUGUGCCUGGCUGCGGCUGCGCUACCCAUCACAGACUAUACCGUGAAGAGUCAGGUAGACCAAACUCUUACACUCUUUAAGUUGCCUUAAGACAGCAGUUAUAACCAACUAUUAGAUUGUAUGUUUUAGGUUGCUUUUACCCCUUAAAAAAUCCCUGUGACAAUUCUCCACUUCCACCCUUGUAUCCCCUGGUGAUCAUAAAUCUGCCUUGAUUCUUUUCUUUUUUUUAUUGUUUAUUUUCACAUCUAGGCAUUCCAUAUAAACAAAACCAUGCAAACUCAUGGUUCUUUGUAUUUCACUUUUUUUUUGCAUAGCACAAUAUUUUCAAAAUUCACCCAUAGUGUGGUCUUGCAUCAGUUUAGGGGAUUGCAUAUUUCAUUUCUUUGUACUACCAAGUGAUAGUCAACUUAUAAUAGACAAUAUUUUGCUUGUCUUCUCAUCAGCUGGUGAUUUUUAAUUGCCUUUUCUUUUAUGAAUAAUGUUAUCGUGAACAAUCUUGUACAGUCUUUCUGUGGUUAUGUUUUCACUUUUGACGUAUAUAUACCUAAGAGUUGAGUUGUUGAGUUCCAGCUGGAGUGGGAUUGUUGUACCCAAUGACACUUGAUUGGGGAAAAGAGAUUUUCCCUUUCCUAGCAAGUAUCAAUUGUAAUUGGCUUCUUUGCCUAUAGGUGGGACUUUGUGACCACAUCCAUUCACUGGGAUGGAACUUUUGUCUGGCUUGGAUUUGUACAGGUCUUGUGCAUGAGACAUCACAGUCUCUGUGGGUUCAUAUGGGCAUCAGUCCUGCGGCCUCUGGAUGACACUUCCAAUGGAGACAUCCGUCACCUCUAGCUCAUACACGCUUCCCGUUAUUUCUUCUGCAUUGAUACCUUGAGGGGAAGGGUUUAAGACAUUCUGUUUAGGCUUGAGCGCUCCUAGUUUCCUCAUUCUCUGCACAUUGUCCAUUUUGAUUCUGGCUUAAUUACCAUCUACUGCAAGAAGUUCUUCCCUCUACCUCAAACCUUCUCUUUGCUGUUUCCCACUGCCUAUGACACUGCCAAAUUAACUUUUAAAGAUUCAGCCUGGACAACUCCCCAAAGAGUUUCAGGAUUCCAUAAUGUAUUACUGACUUCUCUGUGACUUGUGCUUCCCAUGUCUUCUGAAGAGAGGUCAAUCUCCUUUGUUCUAUUUGGUUAUUGUACACUUGCUUCUCUCAGCUGGACCCCUUGUGGGUCAGUGUUGAAUCUUAUAUUCCUAUGCAUCCACAGGAUUCAGUUACAUUGCUCAAUACAAACUCAGAAACAAUUAAAACCCAAUCAGUGUCAACACAUACACUUCUGUUUUGAAGAGUCUUCAUUUUAUUUUCUAGAUAAACAAACUGUUCAAGUCGCAGAUUUUGUUUAGUUCUUCAGUUAAACAAAUACACUUGGUAAAGAAUUUUCUAUCUCCAAAAGGAUUGGCAAGCUCUCCAAAGUUGGAAAAGUAAGAAUAUAAUUUUAUCUAUGCCUGUCAAAUUGCUGGAUCUGAUCACGUCACAGAUGGAGGGGAGCAGUCACUGAAAGUAUUAAAGAAGUGGUGGGUCUAUUUUGUUCCCAUGUAUUUCUUAUUUAGUAAAGAGCAUUCUAGAAGGUUAGUGUCUAAGUCCAAGCCUCACAUUUCUUUUUCAGAACAAGAGCCUGAGUAUCCCUCUACAUAGAGAUGUUACAGGUUUUGCAAACAGACCUUUUAUGAAAGCCAUCACAUACAGGCACACAUGUAAAGUUUGCACAUCAUAACAUGUCAGCUCUCAGAAAACUUUUUAGAUUUUUUUUAUUACUUUUAGAAAGCACAAAGCCCUUAUAUUCAUAGCUGCUUAAAGACUGCGGGUGACUUUCCAGUAGCAGGCUUGAGAGUUAACCCUAGAGGGCUUGUGUUUUGUUGCAAGAGGAGAAAAAUCACCCUGAUGCUUUGUUCUCCAUCCUCUCCUCCCAAAGAGCUACUCGACCUCGGAAACAAGCAAAUCUCAUCAUGAGCUCAGAUAACCCCAGGCUUCAGAUCUGUAAUCUGACUGUGGCCAUCAGCAACCAGAAAUGAGUUUUUUCUAAUCAGCCUUCUAUCAGUGCCCAGUCACUCAUAUAAAAGAACGCAGGGAGGGAGGCAAGCACACUGCUCUUCAGCACCAGGGUUUCUGGACAGCGCCCCGAGCAGGCUGCUGUCACUGGCCUCUUCCUCCUUCGUCUCUGCCAGGGUUGCCCCUCUGGUCCCCCCUGCUGCUGAGAAAGAAAAUUACAUCGGGAUCCAUGCAGCCCGCAAUGAUGAUGUUUUCCAGCAAAUACUGGGCCAGGAGAGGGUUGUCCCUGGAUUCUGCAGUGCCUGAAGAGCACCAGCUAGUUGGCAGCUUAACACUAAAUAAAGCUAUUGCUGGCAAGAAUGAGGACAAGAGGGGAAGCAAAGAGAGCGGCAGAAAUGACACUGUGGAGAGCGGCAAGACAGCAGUUGUGUUCUCCUUGAAGAAUGAGGUCGGAGGACUGGUGAAAGCUCUGAGACUCUUCCAGGAAAAACAUGUCAACAUGGUUCACAUUGAAUCCAGGAGAUCCCGGCGAAGAAGUUCUGAAGUUGAAAUCUUCGUGGACUGCGAAUGUGGCAAAACCGAGUUCAAUGAGCUCAUCCAGUUGCUGAAAUUUCAGACCACCAUCGUGACCCUGGAUCCGCCUGAGAGCAUUUGGACCGAGGAAGAAGAACUGGAGGAUGUGCUGUGGUUUCCGCGGAAGAUCUCGGAGUUAGACAGGUGCUCGCGCAGAGUCCUCAUGUACGGAACCGAGCUUGAUGCGGACCACCCAGGAUUUAAGGACAAUGUCUAUCGACAGAGGAGGAAGUAUUUUGUGGAUGUGGCCAUGGGUUAUAAAUAUGGCCAGCCCAUUCCUAGGGUGGAGUAUACAGAAGAAGAAACUAAAACUUGGGGCGUUGUGUUCCGGGAGCUCUCCAAACUCUACCCCACCCAUGCUUGCCGAGAGUACCUGAAGAACUUCCCCCUGCUGACCAAGUACUGUGGGUAUCGUGAAGACAAUGUGCCUCAACUGGAGGACGUCUCUAUGUUCCUGAAAGAGCGGUCUGGCUUCACGGUGAGACCGGUGGCUGGCUACCUGAGCCCAAGAGACUUCCUGGCUGGCCUGGCCUAUAGAGUAUUCCAUUGUACUCAGUAUGUGCGGCAUGGCUCAGACCCCCUCUACACCCCAGAACCAGAUACAUGCCAUGAACUCUUGGGACAUGUUCCACUGCUUGCAGAUCCGAAAUUUGCUCAGUUUUCUCAAGAAAUAGGCUUAGCGUCCCUGGGAGCAUCCGAUGAUGACGUUCAGAAGCUAGCCACGUGUUAUUUCUUCACAAUCGAGUUUGGUCUUUGCAAGCAAGAAGGUCAACUGCGGGCAUAUGGAGCAGGGCUACUUUCCUCCAUCGGAGAACUGAAGCAUGCUCUUUCCGACAAGGCGUGCAUAAAAGCUUUUGACCCAAAGACAACCUGCUUGCAGGAAUGCCUGAUAACCACCUUCCAGGAUGCUUAUUUUGUUUCGGAAAGUUUUGAGGAAGCCAAAGAAAAGAUGAGGGACUUUGCAAAGUCAAUUGCCCGUCCCUUCUCAGUAUACUUCAACCCCUACACACAGAGCAUUGAAAUUCUGAAGGACACCAGAAGUAUUGAAAAUGUGGUGCAGGACCUACGCAGUGAUUUGAACACGGUGUGCGACGCCCUGAAUAAAAUGAACCAGUAUCUGGGGAUUUGAUGCCCAGGACCAGCGCUGUUGUCAGCAUGAGCUUUUGGGGGCUUAGCCACAACUCAAUCAGUGUUAUCCGACAUCAAUAACUUUCUGUGUCAUGGCUAACUAGUCAGCAUGCAAUUCUGUAUGUCUAUGCCUCUGAGUAAUUUACGUUGUUAAUAUACAAGCAUACUCUAAGGAACCCAUGCAGAUAACCAUCCAUCAUUUGAAAGACUGUGAUGUAGUUGCAUGUCUCAAAUAGAUUUGACAUUUCUGAUUAGCAGGCAAACUGCAAUGUAACCAAACUGUGUCUUUUAAAAUUUGCAACAGACAUUUCUCACAGUUCUAGUUGUUGGCCUUUUUUUCCUUGACCCUGAGACUUUUCCCUCUAUGUUCAUUAAGUAAAAUGAAAAUAGUUGGGGACUUAGUGUCUCUUUUCAAUAGUAGCAAUGUUAUUUGAGACAAACUAGAGUUGGUCCAAGCUUCUCACUCAUCACAGGCACAAAAGAUUUAGUAUUCGACUCCAGUGUUGUUAUGAAACACAGUUUUUGGAAAGAUUUUGGACUGAGUAUUCAUCCCAUGCAAGAAAAGAGAGCUUUGUAGGAACAAGAUGUAUAAGGUUGCACAGACCUUGUUGAAACUGAUUUGCGGCAAGCUUCCUGACGUGUUACCUGAUGGAAACACGUCGAGACUAUUUGGAAAGCUUAAACACAAGGGUAAAACAUCUUGGGACUGUUGAAUGUGUAUUGUUGGAAUAAAGGGAAUUAUCGUUUCA